CUCACUGCUCCGCAGGUUGGCCUCCGAGCGAGCGAGCGUGUGAACCUUCCUCCGCUCGGCUCGCCACUCGCCUCCAACCUGCGUCGCUCGGCCAGCGCGCGUCCCCGCCCGGAGAGCGGCCGCCGCCGCCCCUUUGCGCCGCGCUGAGCCCGCCCUCGCUGCCACCUGGCCCUCCUGAUCGACGACACACGCACUUGAAACUUGUUCUCAGGGUGUGUGGAAUCAACUUUCCGGAAGCAACCAGCCCACCAGAGGAGGCAGACAGACAGCUAUGCGUAUAUAUGUGGGUCUCCCUGCAAGUGGCUCUGGAACCAGACGGCCCAGUGCGCGGAGAAGCUGACUGCGGAGGAGGAAGCUUGCUUCUCUGGUUAGGAGGGGCUCGCCCUGCGCCUCGAGCCCAGCAGAAGCGCCGGCCAGAUUAAUUAGCCAUUGCUAUGGGAGACGUGUAAACACGCUCGCUGCUCAUCAUUGAUGCAUAUAUAAAACGAUUUCAUUUUGGUUAUUAUUUCAGAGGAAGCGCUUCUGAUUUUUUUUUUUUUUCCCUUUUUGGUCCCUUUUUGCCUGUGUGGUUUGGCAAAAGCACAGUUGGAGUAGCUGGUUCCUAAAUAAGUCCUGCCAGCGAGAGGAAACGAUGCUGCGGAGGCUGGUACAGCAGUGGAGCGUCGUCGCAGUGUUCCUGCUGAGCUACUCGGUGCCCUCCUGCGGGCGCUCGGUGGAGGAGCGCGGCCGCCGGCUCAAAAGAGCCGUGUCUGAACAUCAGCUCCUCCAUGACAAGGGAAAGUCCAUCCAAGACUUACGGCGACGAUUCUUCCUUCACAACCUGAUCGCAGAAAUCCACACAGCUGAAAUCAGAACUACCUCGGAGGUUUCCCCCAACUCCAAGCCCGCCCCCAACACGAAGAACCACCCCGUCCGCUUUGGGUCUGACGAUGAGGGCAGGUACCUAACUCAGGAAACCAACAAGGUGGAGACGUACAAAGAGCAGCCACUGAAGACACCCGGCAAGAAAAAGAAAGGCAAGCCUGGCAAACGCAAGGAGCAGGAAAAGAAGAAGCGGCGGACUCGAUCGGCCUGGCUACAUGCUGGCGUGGCUGGGAGUGGGCUAGAAGGGGACCACCUGUCUGACAUCUCCGGGACAUCCCUGGAGCUCGCUUUCCGGAGGCAUUGAAAUUUUUGCAAAGACCUUCAGAAGACAUAUUACAGCAUUCUGUAAUAGUGAACAUAUGGAAAGUAUUAGAAAUAUUUAUUGUCUGUAAAUACUGUAAAUGCAUUGGAAUAAAACUGUCUCCCUCAUUGCUCUAUGAAACUGCACAUUGGUCAUUGUGAAUAUUUUUUCCAAGGCUAAUCCAAUUAUUAUUAUCACAUUUACCAUAAUUUAUUUUGUCAACUGAUGUAUUUAUUUUGUAAAUGUAUCUUGGUGCUGCUGAAUUUCUAUAUUUUUUGUAACAUAAUGCACUUUAGAUAUACAUAUCAAGUAUGUUGAUAAAUGACACAAUAAAGUGUCUCUAUUUUGUGGUUGAUUUUCAUGAAUUCCUAAAUAUAAUUAUCCAACCUGAUUUUCCCCUGUGCAUGUAAAAAUAGCAGUAUUUUAAAUUUGUAAAGAAUGUCUAAUAAAAUAUAAUCUAAAUUACA